CCCACCUCACCCACGCCAGUCAGUCUUCAACACCCAGACAGAGAAGUUUAGUUGAGAUCACUCCUCUCGCGCGAACGCUCAGAUAUAUACGUAGCUGCUCGCUCGCCUCCCUCAAACUUUGGUUAUUAUAGUGAAGUGGCGGGUCUUGGGAGUGAAGGUGAUUACUACUCAUCUAAACUUCGUAUAUUGCAACCGUUGGUUCUGUUGUGAUAUGAACAACGCUGUUACGGAUCCCAGGACGCAAUGCUUGGACAAGCUCCACAGUGAGGGGAAAGUGUGACGAGGCGUAGGGGAACUUGUAUCUGGUGUAGAGAUUUUUGAAGUAUUAGUGUAUUUGCAAGUGUUUAUGUGUAUACCAGGCUGGGAGCAUAAGAACCAUACACCACUCUAACAUGACCACAACUCUCACUUCCUAUGGAAUACUGAGUUCGCCAUGUUGAAGCACGCCAGCCCCCAGAGGUGUUCCUCUAGCCUCGCACAUCACAUACCAAGAUCACCUACUGCAGUGCGCCCUGAGACCCGAGCUGGUACCCAUGUGGAGGUCCUAUUGCCCUCUGAUACCGGGCUUACUCUCAGGGACUCCUAUAGCGAGCGUAGUGUAGAUUGUGAUAGCCUCAUAGUACCUGCCUCUUAUGCCCAGGCGGAAAAAGAGGCCGGCUACCAGGUGGGAACUUGGUCAUGCGUGUCGCAAGCCAGCGUCCGACGAGGUUUGUCUUUUAGUUCUCGUCGCGCCCCCGACGCCCUCUCCUUCAGGUCAGUACGUAGUGAAGGUCCCCCUACCUCAAUAGUCGCCACAAUACCCACGAAGCUAUCUACGUCCAGCACGAGCAUGACAAAUGUCUCCACUCUAGGAAACGAUGAGUCGAGCCCUAAGAACGACAAGACACGUAAGGAAUGCGGCUUACAGUAUCUGAAGGGUGACUUGUCGAGCCUCAAGAACUUACUGAGGUUGCCCGGGGUUCGAGGACACGCGAAAAUAAUCGAGAUCUCUAAAGAUGGAGCUGUUCUGAGCCCUGACAGCCUGAGUCUCAAUUCGUCUGAUAGCUUCUUCACAGCUAACAGCGGUCGAACCUCCUCCAGAAGUUGGUCUUCCAACGCCUCCUCCAACUCCAACACUACUAAUACGUCAACAGACUCAAGUUCGUCUACGUCUGAACCUGCUUCUACGACCAUCAGAGUGUUUGCCAAGUGUCUUCGCUCCGACAUCGAAUACAAGACAAUCUCUGUAAGUGCGCGAGCGACGUGCCGCGAGGUGGUUGCGCUGCUCCUCUCCAAGUACCGCAUGCGUCACCGCGACCCCAACCUCUUCUACCUCACUAUGGAAGUCACCGUCCGCAGGUGGUCGGGCGCCCCGGUGCGGUCACUGCUGGUGCUGGAGGAUGGUGCUCGCCCCGCCCAGCUGGCUCUAUGCAGACCACUGGGUGACUCCAGGUUCGCACUCCAGAUGCGUCGAGGAGGAGUCAUCAAGGUCCACGACACUGUCCUCAUGCCUGGGUCUCAGUACAAGUCACUGCUGGUAUCGGAGAGAACCACAGCCGAGGAUGUGGUACAGCUGCUGCUCAACUGCUACAACAGGCGAGACAACAAGUACUACUACGCCAUUCACGAGGUUCGUCGUAGCCCCAAUUAUAGUGACCGGAUGAUCCUGCCAGAGGAGCUGCCACUGGAGGUGAAAAAUAAGUGGCCACGGGACCGCCAGGCUGAGUUUGUCUUCGUCCUGAGGAGGAACAUGUCUCAAGCUCUCUCACUUCGCAGGCUCUCCUUGAGAACCAGUGAUGUGAAGAGGCCGUCGACUGAUGUGAACAUAAAGGAGAACAAUGUAAACAAGACUGAAUUGGUGCCAGCACUGAGGGGCAAGCCAGACAACCAAGUACAAAUCCUUAUUUUGGAGGAUGCAGUCAUUGACUGCACAGACGUAACCCCUAAGAUGACCACCAUCAACAGGACAGCAACUGCCUCCUGCACAAGCACUUUAGAAGUCUUCAAUGCUAAGACAUCUGUAAGCGCCACUCGCUCUCGACCACUUCUCACAAAACCAAUAAACGAACUUAUGAUGACUGCUUCUGGUGUAUCAACUACAAGAGAGUCUUCGACGAACACAGAGGCUAAGACAUGGUCCAACACUAGCACCCAGACGGUCGUGUCGAGGCAGGUACCCAGGUCAUCUUCCCUCACUCGGGUCCAGCAACUUUCACGCGAGAUCGAUGCACAGAAUCAUGUGUCACAAAGUCUCACAACUAAUGUCCCGAGACCAUCUUCUGUUGAACCCAAAAUUACAGUAACGACACCUGCUUUUAAUGAGUUACACAGCGAACCAAACAAGACAACCACCAAAGAUAUUCAAAAUGAAAAAAAUUGUGUUUCACAAGACAUUCUCAAAGACGAGCACAAACUUACGUCACAAAGUUCUAAAUGUGAGACAGUUUGUGACACGUCCCUCUCUUCUAAGAUUCAGGGAACGUCACCUGGACCUAGCUGCUCCAAUGGAUCAGCACCAGACAGACUUGAAGUCCAACAUAUAUGUAAGCACAACUGUCAGCAUUGCUUUUACAUUUGAGAAAGGUAAUCCUUGUGUACAUACUGUAUAGUUGUGCUAUGUGCAUUUCUCUGAAGUUGUAAAUAUGUUACCUUUGUAUGUAUUAAGCAUUGCCAUGACUGGCCCACAGCAUUCAUACUACAUUUUGUCAACCAUUGUUAAAUUUGAGUUACAAUGUUAAUUUGAAGACAGUUGCUCUUUUUUUUAUUUCACAUAAUGAAAAAAUUAUAGUUUUCUAAUAGUUACCUGAAUUUGAUGCCUGUAUGGAUGAUUGCUUUAUGUAUUAUAGUACUGUCUGCAUAUAUAGGCUAAUGUAAAAAGAUGUUUUAUUUUUUUCAAUAGUGAGAAGAUAUUGUAUGUAUAUUGAGUAUCAAUUAUUGUGUUAAGUUUUGAAUAUGUGCAGCAACACAUAUUCAAAACAAGUCUGUUCUGCCACAUGUCUAUGUCCACUGCAUCAUGUGUAUGUGCCCACUGUCAUGUAUAUGUGUGUGCUGCAAUGUAUGCGUGCCUACUGUCAUGCGUACGUGUUUUCUCUCAUGUAUACGUGCUCACUGAGCCAUGUGUAUGUACACUGUCGUGUAUAUUUAUUCACUGUCUUACUGGCUUGUAUAUAUAUAUAUAUAUAUAUAUCCACUGUGUCAUGUAUGUUUCCUCUAUAUCACUGUAUAGUGUCAUGUGCAUUAUUCUACGCUCGCCUAAGCUUUAAAUAUAAUGAACAGUUGGUACAGUUAUUUAUAGUAACUUCUACCAGAAAGGUUAUAGUCUCUGUAAGCUGUCACAAUAUAUUAUAAAGUUGCAAUAAAAUAAAGGUGGUUUCAAGUGGUUUGCUGAAAUUUAUGUCGACGAUGCGGCCUGUGUAUAUACGAUAUAGAAUUUUCUCUGUAGCAUUAUGUAUAUCAAUGCUAGAAUAUAAUGACAGGUAUGUUAAUAAGACAAUAUGCGAUUUUUUUUAACACGUCGGCCGUCUCCCACCUUUUGCCCCAUCUACCUCUUACUCUUUAGCUAUAACUAAAUAAUUAUCAAAUACAUCUUGCCCCUCUAUGAACAUGCACAUCCUGAAGUCUACCCAUCAACGUUUUAUCCACCAAUAC